ACAAAGAAAUAUAUUGAGGCCAAAAACACAAUUGUGAUAUUUACAAAAACAAAAAAAGAACAAAUUUAGAAGCAAGAAAUUAUUAAUCAAAAGUAGCUAAAUUCAACAAAGCGAACAACAAUAAAAGUAAAUAAAUGUACAUAUAUAAGUAUCUAACAAGUCUACAUUUUUAUAAAUUUUGCACAAAUUCAAGUGAACACGAAAAAAGCGCAUUUCCAGCAAACCAAAAGAAUAUCAAUAUCAACCAAUUGCCCAAUAAACGGCAAGCAACCAAACCAACGCCAUUAAUUUUUUCAACUCGGCAGCGAAAACCGAGAAUUCAUUAAAAAAUAAAUAAAAAAUAAAAAAAUGUGCACGAAAACAUCGAAAACGCCGCUACUCUUAAUUGGCGGCGUCUGCUUCGUCAUUGUGCUGGUCGGCAUUACUGGCGUAACGCUGAUCAAUAAUCUCAAUUUGUCCAACAUCAUCAAGCUGAACGAGAAAGUCGCCAGCGACAGCAUGAGCGCACACGACACCGAACUGCACGAUAUUAAUUACGCCAAUAAUCAUCCGAAAAAUAUAUACAAAUUCGAUGAAUUUUCAGCGCCAUACGCAUUGGCUGUAGCCAGCUACAGCUACACCCAACACACCGCCUCAUCGGCGGCAGCAGCACACGCGCUGCCACCUUCCAUACAACACGCCAGCCCAGCGCUGACAGGUGGUGGUGGGCCGGCGGCCAUUGCUGGACCAGCCGUUGCAUUUGUGGAUGCCGAGGCGAAUAGCGGCAAUGCGGCGGCAGAUAAGAUUAUAGAAGUGCUACCACAAGCGAAUGAACGGCAGCAAGGACUUGACGACAGCACUUCUCAGAAUUGGCUGAAAGAGAAUGGGAAAUUGCACAGCAGAGGGCUGCCGAUUGCCACUAGCGCAAAAACAAAUACCAUUAUAACUACAGAGACUGCUACAGCGGCAGAUGCAUCAACGACAUUGGUCAAUAAUCCACAUGGAAACACUAUGCAAUCCAAUGCGUCAGUAACUUUAAGUGCUUCCGCUCCGCCUACGUCGGCACCGAGCAACGUGAGCACCACAUUUCGCAAUGCAACGAGUGUAAAUACUAAUAAUGCAAACGCCACAUCCGCAUCAGUGCCAGUUUCAUCAGCCGCUGUUGACAUAGACGCUAAAUUGAUGUUGCCAUUGAUACUCAACGGUAGUGCCAGGGUAUCGGUGGGCAGCGGUGGCGAAAAUGGGAAUGAAGAGCACAGCAUUGAAGUUGAUACAGCAUGGGGUUUUCCAAGUGAUAAUCGAAUGAAAUCCUCUGACACGCAUACAUCGAAGGGUGGCACUGCCAUGCAGCCAGGGCGCCUUUUAGUACCCAGCGGAGAGGAAGGUGUCGAUAAGGAGAAACGUGAUCGCGUUGUAAAG